ACCAUGGAGCAUUUCUUUAACUGGAUUCGAAAUAGCCGACAAUCUAUUCAAAAUUAUAGCAAUGAUACUUCAACACAAAGGAUUUCGACAGGACAUUGUCUUGAAUAUACAAGAUGGUUUAUCAACUUUCUUUCGGUCAAUAGCAUUUCAGUAGUGAUUGUAUUUAACAUUUUAUUUUGGGGUAUUGUGGUGCUAGAAAUUCGUGGUUUUGCAGCAGCCAGCAGUGCUGUUUUAAUUGUACUAUGUUAUAGUACAAUUGAAAAUCAAUUGCAAAAAGAGAAGAAAGAAAUUUCAAAUUCAUCACAAAUAAAAGCUGAACAAAUUGAGAAAAUAUUAAUAAAAAUUAAAUCAAUUUGGAAAAGUUUUACUCAAUUACGCAAGGAUCAACCUGGAUUGUUUUGUACAACUAUAUGCACUAUUUCAUUGGGUCUAUGGCUAAUUGGAAGAACUGUUAAUGGUGUACUUCUUGCAUACACGAUAUGCAUGAGUAUAUUAAUUGGUCCUUCUCUUUUAUUGCAAAUACCUUCUAAAGUAUUAACGAAUAAAGAAUGGGAUAGUGAGAUAGAAGAAUUUUUACCUGCAGUAACAGAGGAUAUUUUACAAGUUUUAAAACUUGCCAGCGAUUCUGGAGAUCAUUUACCAACUCCAAUUAGUGUAGCGUCAAAUAUUCGAAAUGAUCCAUUCAAUGAUGAUGACGAUGAUGAUGAUGAUGAUUUGGUGGGAUUUAAAAUGCCUUCACAUGAAGAAGGAAGUACCGAUGGAUUAGAAUUAUCAGAAUUGGAACUUAGUUCAGGUGAAACCGAUGUUGAUGGUAUGAAAUUCCAAAGUGGUCAUUUUGAAAAAGGCUCUUCAUCCGAAGACGAUGUAAAACUAGAUCAAAAAUCGAAAAUUUUAUUGAACGAGAGUAGUGAAGAUAGCGAUAGUGAAUUUGAAAUUAUUGACAGUCGUGACAUAGGAAAUUUUAAAGAUGUAUGAUUGAUUUUUGUUGCAAAUUUUUAUUCAAAGGCCAUAACAGUUUUUUUUUUUUUUGAGAAGAAAAAAAGAGAAAUUCAAUUUCUAUACAAAUGCAAAUAUAUGUAUUAAUUAGCUGAUUGAUUUUAAUGUCUGCUCAUAUAAUGCGAUAUAUAUUUCAAAGGACAAAUAAUUUAGCUUUAAAUAUUAAAUAUAAGUAUAUAUAUAUAUAUAUACACGAAUUUUUGAGGAUAAAACGCAAUUUAUUUUUUUGAAACAGAACGUAAAUAUUAUUGCCGUGAUUUAUGAGUUAUUAAAAACAAAAAAAUCUUUGAAGAAAAAAUUCAAUUAUUUUAAAAAUAGAUAUUUUUUCAUAAAUAUGGAAUUCUAAAUUAAACGAAAAAAAAAAUAAUAAAAACGGCAGAAGACGUUACUUAAAUUUUCUAUAGUAAUUAAAGUAAUUGUCAAUUAAGCAUAUAAAACUGCAUACCUUAGAAAUGAGAAUUAGAAUUUUAUACACCAAUAUUAUAAAUUUUGUCUUUUCAAUAAUUAAGACGUUCCACUCCGUUAUUAAGUAUCAAUAUUUAUUUUUCUGUAAAUAAAACAAAAGAGGCACUACAGUGAAAACAAAUAAGUUUUCAUAUAUAUAAAAUUAUCAUAUUUAUAAUUUUUAAUGUAUUUUUGUCGAGAAAAUGAAUUUUUUAAAAAUAUUUUAAGAAAAAAAAAGCUAUAUAAAAUUGUUGAUAAUUUAUAAUAUACUUGCAACGAUAUUUAAUAUUUGUAUAAGAUUUUAAAUAUAGAAGUAAUGUAAAAACUCGUAAAUUGGUAAAGCAAAAAAAAAAAAGGAAUUUUAUUAAAUUUUUUUCUGAUUACAAACUGUAUUCGAAAUAGAAUAAUAAAUCUAAAAUUUUAUAUUUUUUCUUUAUUAUAAUUCAGCAUUUGUUAGAAUUUAUUGACACGAGUUUUUCAAGCUUCUGAUAGUAGAAUUAUUUUAUGAAAAAAAAAAAUAAUUUUAUUUAAAUUUAACGAUUAAGAUCGGUGGUAUUUUUUAUUUUUAAUAUUUUACUUUUUGAAUAUGAUAAUAAAAAUUAUUAAUGUAAAUUUGUAUUUUAUUUUUAAUAUUUGUCAGAAAUAUAAUUCACCCGUCGAUAAAGAGAAUUGUUAAAUGGAUAGAAAAAAAAAGUAUUUAUUUGUAUAAAUAUAUACAAAAUACACUCCUAUAAAAAAUAAGUACCGUAUUGUUAAAGAGUUAAAAGGAGUGUGUAUAUUUCUAUAAUAAAAUUACACUUAAUAAAUCAACAGCUAAUGAACUGUCUGAUUUGCAUGUGUAACAAUGCUAAUAUUUGUCUGUAUAACUAUAUCCUUUUACAGCGCCAAUAAAGGAUACAUUAGUUUUAUAAUAAAAAAAAAAAAAAAAACCGUUUUAAUUUAUUUUUCAAUACAAUGAAAGUAUUAUUGAAACAUGUCAACAAUUCAAAACGAAAAUUCUAUAUUUUUAGUAAAAAAUUCUUUU